AUGUAUUCAUUGUGGAAAGAGUUAAGUAACCAAGUAAAAAAAAAAGCAGAAAAUAUAAAUACAAUUUUAAAUGAAAUAAAUAUAAACAAUGUGAAUAUAGAUUUGAAUGAGGGAAAUAAUAAUACAAAUUCUAUGAGUUUAAAAACAAGUAUUAAUAAUAAAAUAAAUGAGAUAAAUAACAAAUAUAUAUUAAAUGCAACUGAAACUCCUGAAUUUAUAUAUUAUAAUAAUAAGAUUGUAAAUGGUAUUAACAAUUUUAAAAAAAUAGUUAGUGAUAUAUAUCAUGAAAAAAUAAAUGCAACUGACGAUGGAAAUGAAAAUAUAAAUUCUCAUAAUUCAAAUUCAAUCUUAAAUGAUUGUAAAAUAUAUUUAUCCAGGGUAGUUCCAUGGAAAAAAGGAGAUAUUAUGGUUUCAAAAAUUUACAGAAAAAAAUAUGGCGAAUCAUGUCCUAUAAAACUUCCUAAUAAUAAUAUUAAUCGAAUUAUUUAUGAACAGGUAUUAAAAUUAAAUAAAGAUAAAAAUAAAAUUAUAAAUACUAACAUAUUACAGAAUUAUAAUUUUAAUUGGGGAAAAAAAAAAAUACAAAGUGAAGAAAUUCUUAAACAAGAUAUCAAUUUGUUAGAAACAAAAAAUAGUAUUGUUCCUACAUAUAUGAAUGAACUAGCUUUUUGGAAAUCUUAUUAUUUUAACAUAGAUAUUAUAUAUAAUGAAUUAGCAGACUAUAUAUAUCAAAACAAGCAAACUAUAUAUGAUGAAUAUAUUCGAGAGGAGCAAUGUGCUUAUACUCAAACUGAGGCUCGAAAAAAAAGUUUCGAAAAAAGCGUCGAAAAAAAUGGCGAAAAAAAAAACAAUUCUGAUGUGUCUUAUUCUGAAGUACCUUGUUCUGAUGUUCGAUGUGAUAAAAUAGAGAACCAAUACAACAAUUAUCCAAAUAAAAAUAACCUAUUAACUUUUUCUUAUUCUACAUCCUCCUCCUAUAUUAGAGGUUUUGAUGAAGCAUAUGAUGAAAGUAAAAGGUUUCCAGAAAAAUGUGAUUCUACGGAAUUGAUAGAUGCAAAAUUAAUUGAAAUGAAAAAUAGCAAAUGUGUCAUUUUAAAUUCUAAACAUGAUAAAAUGGAAACAACUGAAUUAUCAAAAUGCCAAGAAAAACAAAUUAAACAAAAUGAUAAUAUUAAUAAUGAAAAUAAUACAUGUUUUAAUGAUAAAGUAAAUAAAAUAAUGAUAAAUAAUGAUAAUGAAGAAAUCCUUUUUCAUUUUGAUCAACCAAACAAAAAUCAAAAUCAUAGCGAUUCUUCUCAGAAUGAUUUAAUAACAGAAAAUGAAACAGUCCAAACUUUGAAUAUUCAAAAAAAUUCAAAUAAUAUUAUCGAAAAAUACAAAGAAAUAAAUAUAGAUGACAUAAAUUUUGUUGACGACAUAAAUUUUGCUGAUGAUAUAAAUAAAUUCGAUGUCAAAGAAUUGGAACAAUUUGAAAAAGAUAUCUUAAAUUUUUAA